AUUUUUGAGAUAUUGUAAACUCUUAGAAAGAAAAUGUUAUCUAGAUAUCGAAUUAACUGGAUUUUGGGAAAUGAUGCUAUACUUUAACCCAUAAUUGACUAGUAGCUAGAUUCAGUAGAUCAUGCAGAUUAAGCCAUUAUCAAGCGUCUAAGUCAAGUCCAUCAUGUGUAAUGCACUUUACUUGUCAAAGAUAACUCGAUCAGCAAAAGAAAGAAAUUGUUGACGCCUACGUUGGCCAUUGCUUUGACCUUUCCAAUUUUACUGUUGAACAGAAGCACUCUGGACUGUCGAAGCGACGGGAGUUACAUUAUGGUAGGGCAAGCCCACUGUUAAAAGAAUCGUCAAUUUCCAUAGGGUUAAAGCCAGUAUCCGCUUUUAUUUCCGGGCUUGACGAGCUAGAAGAUGAAGCAUUAUUGAACUGAGAAGAAUGAAAGAUUCUAUUAGAAGUGUUUACUUUGAAGAAUUCAAUAUAUUGUGUUCAACCUAACUAGUUUUGUUUUCUGGAAACGAUGUUCGCCUUCAGGACCAAUUUCAACUUACUGAGCGGGACUCCAUCCAUACCCCUUCCCUACUAGUGGUUAUUCUUUAUUUUCCAUUCUAGCAUUUGUUUGACAGCUUAAACUAGGCUCCAUUUUUUAUAGAUUUUCGGUCUUAAUCAAGAUAGGUCAGAGGCUUGUCGGAAUGGUCAGUGGCUGUUUAGUCUCAUCCGAGAGUUUGUACUGCUCUUUUUCUUUGAAAAAAAAAAAAGAAUGGGUCGAUUUAGGCUCCUUCCCUUCCACUGUGUAGCCACGCUAGCAGGAACAUAGUGCGCGUGGUUCACCGAGUCCACCGAAAACUCUCAUUUGUUGAAGCGGAGCAUAGUGCGCUUUAGGCGUCGUUUGAUGUGUCAUUUGAACAUAACUUAUUUACAAUGUGCAUCCAAAAUACCACUUUUUAGUCAUCUUGAAUCUUAUCUCCACAAGAGAUAAACUUGUUGUUUGGGGGGGAUUGCAGACUCUGGUUUGUAUUUGCUAUGUAACUAGGAAGAUCCACUAAACAAUCCAACCAUCUCAAUUAAAAUAUGAAAUACUACCCUCAUUUAUUUUGACUGAUUGUUUUUAUCAUAUCGAACAAUACAAGAUAUAUGUAGAUAUUGUGAGUGCAUAGAAAUUAAACAAAGACAACGUAUUGCAAAACAAGGCACAAAUUGUAACAAUGACACGAAAACAAUCGCGGAGAAAUCAACCUACAUUAUGUCAAGAUUCCAUUGAUUUUAACAACACCGAAAUUCUUAAUAUCAAACCGGAUCAUUGCCGUCAAUAAUAAUUCGUAAAGAAAACAAACCAAUCUUUAAUUUCUUUUUUAUAUGCUAGCUAUAUAUACAUACAAUAUGAGAGUUUCAAUUUCCAAAAACACUCGCCAAACUUUGGAAGAGAAGAAGUCAGUCACUAUACAAUCAUCCACCACCACAACAAACAAAAAAAUAAAAUAAAAAUGAAGCUUUCUUAUAAUGUUCAUGGCAGCAUAAUGACUGUAACUCUUCUUCUGGCAAUCUACUGCUGCUGCGAUGGAGCUGAUGAUCCUACUCUUGGCUUCACAGAAGUCCCACUGAAUCCAUCAAACAUGGUCAUCCUCAAACCAUACGACGUCCCUGUCGACCAGCGCUACAGCUUCAUCAAUGGCACUCACCGGAUGUGGGUCUACGCCGACGACAAGCCUGAAGCUCCCGGCAGCAAUACCCAGCCCCGCACCGAAAUCCGCAUCGUCGGACUGGACUACUCGUCGGGAGUGUGGCAGUUCGAAGGCCACGGUUUCGUCCCCAACGGCACGUCGGGAGCCACCGUAGCUCAGAUUCACGGUGCGGCCCACGGCAACACCACUUUGCUUCUGAGGGUCUACGCGCCGGGAGAAAUGAGGUACUACAGCUCUCUCCACGUGGCGGACGGGCUUUACGACAGGUGGUUCCGGCUGAACAUGAUCCACGACGUCGACGGCGGCAAGGUGACCGUUUUCUUGGACGGCGAGCAGAAGUUCCAGUACCACGACCAAGGGCCCGGCGACUUGUUCUUCAAAUGCGGUGUUUAUGGAGCUCCGGCUAAUAUUAGCUAUUACAUGGAGUCAAGGUGGAGAGACAUCAAAAUUUAUAGGAAGUAGUGAGUUUGAUCUACUGAUCAUCAGUUGAAUACUCAUCAAUAAGAGAAAUGUGAAAAAUGGGUUUGUUUUUAUGUUUUACGGAAAUUAUUAGGAAACAAAUGAACCAACAACAUGACUAAAGAGAUUCCAACUUUGAUCUUAUAAUUAAUGACCAAUCAUUGAUUAUGAAAAAGAGUUGGGUUAUAGGUAUAAUAUGUCGCUAUACUAUGUCGUUUUAUCAAACACGUCAGUUUACUAUUUUUUACAUCGACUAACAUGCCCAUGUACUUCGGAAAAUUUAUCAAACAUGGCCAUUUAUUGAAAUUUCUAUUGAAAAAAUUGUCAAGCAGGGUUGAACCGAGAUUUAGACGACCGACAUCGACAAAUGGGAGGGAAAAUGUCAGUUUUGUCCCCUGUUUUUAUUUCUUUGGGUCUCGUCAAAGUGAAAUUAUUAGAAUUAUUUAUCUAUACAAAAGAGGCAAAAAAAAUUCUAAAGUGAAAUUAGUAGGGAUAUUUUAGACAUUUGUGUCGUCCAAACCAAAUUUCGACCGUGGGUAACAGUUUUUUUAUGUAAAUUUUGACAAAAUAGCAUGUUUUGAUCAUUUUCCCAAAGUAUAAGAACAUUUUUAUGUAAAAAAUAGUAAAGAUGGAUCGAAAAAUUUAUAGUGAAGAUAUGGAAGUCGAAAAGGUCCUUAUCAUCAUAACUAAGCUAGCUAGUAUUCAAGGGUUCACCAAGCUAGCUAGCUAACUUCUUCCUAGGUGAAGAAUGGUUUAUUCGAAUCUUGCUUAGAUUACUCUAUGCAUGAUUGGAUUGUUAUCUGUCUAGUGUAUGUUGACGACAUAAUACUAGCAAUGAACAAAAUUGAUAACUUAAAACAAAUCAAGAUGUAUAUAUCUUAUCUCCAACAAGUGUCCGCCGGCCACUAUUUCACAAUUCUGUAUUGUUUUGAUCUCUUGGCUGCACUCGCGCUUGUAAAAUAUUUAGCAUUAUCCUAUGCCUAAAGUCGGCCAUAGAAAUGCUUAACCGCAAAAGAAACAAAACAUGUAAAUCAAAGCAAGGUUGCGUCACUGUUUAAAUACUUAGUUUUGUUGGGAUAAUAUAGUUUUAAUUUAUUGGGAUAAUACUCUUUCAGUCUUUUGGUUCACUGAGGAUAUCAUCUUUCAAUCCCCGAGUUUGUAAUCACAUGGUGUCGGAGGUGCUAACUUGUUAGUUGGUGGUAUAUAAUCGUUGAGCCUAUACACUCAAGAUUCUCUAAUGGUUGUUUGGUUUCUUGAUACAUUGAAAUAUAUUAAAUUGUAGGUGGAUUUUAUUGGUAAAUCUAGAGGCAUUGUAUACUCUUAAAAAUUUAAAAAAGCGUUAUUUAGAUCUUGAAUUAACUUAAUUUUAUGAUAUGUUGCUAUACCUUAACCAUUAAUGAAUGAAUUUUAUAUCUAAUGGGUCGUUUGGAAGUUGCUAUUGUUAAAUAGAUGUAUUGUUGAGAAUGCAUGUAUAAUAUUAUACAUGUAUUGUCGAAUUUGAUGCAUUGUAGAAUACAACGUUUGAUAUGUGUGAUUGUGUAUGUCACAUCAGCAGAAAUGAGUGAUAGUUAGUUUUUGUCACAUUACAGAAACAAUCCAUGUAUUGUUUCUGCUAAAAAACAAAAAAACAAUGCAUUGUAAACAAUACAUGCAUAAUGACAAUCUCAACAAAACAAUCGCAACUUCCAAACGACCCCUUAAUCUCGCAAAUACAUUAAUUAGGUCAAUACACCAUUUAAAAUCAC